ACUUCGAUCAAAAAACUUGUCAAAUUCACAUCACAAAAAAUAGGGUUAAAAAUUAAACAUCAAAGCAAUAGUCCUUUUUGUUUUCCUCGAAAAUAUGUCUACUAAACCGGAUGAAUUCGAUGGAAGUGAAUUCGAUUGGAUUCAGAUAAGAAAGGAUUAUUCUGACCAACCUACAUUGACCCAAACUGAAAAAUUUAUGAAGAAAUUGAAGGAAAACCCCUUUGUUCCUGUAGGUGCUAUCUUGACUACAGGAUGUUUGUCCUACGGUUUGUACAGCUAUAGAGCUGGUAGACCCAAAAUGUCCCAACUUAUGAUGAGAUCUAGAGUUGCCGCUCAAGGAUUCACAGUAUUUGCUCUUGUUUUGGGGAUUGGAAUGGGCUUGCAUAACAAUUGAAACGAAUUGAAAUUAGACAACGAGAUGUGAUGUAAAAGAUUAUUUUAUGUUUUCGAGAUUAUGUUCAAUAUAGUAGAGAAAAGUUA